AGAAGCAUAAAGAUAGAAUAGACACACAGACGGACACAGAGAAGGCUAAAAGUUAAGAGACAGAAGGAAAAAAAGGAAGAGAGAGAGAGAGCUCACGAAGCUCGGCAAUGGCGUUCUACGUGGACGAAGAAGAGGUCUGGAAAUGUCCAAAGCACCCCUCGAAGCGCCGGAGGAGUGGUAUCUGCCCUAUCUGUCUCCGUGAACGCCUCGCCUCUCUAUGUCCCGACUGCGCUAGAGUGCGCCCCUGUGCCUGCUGCACCACCUCUUCCUCCUCCUCCUCCACCCUCUCGCGAUUCUCCACCGGCGGAGGCGGAGACGCAGACUCCUCUGGAGUCGGCUCCGUUGGUCGCGUCUCCAAUCUCAUCGACAGCGAACCUGCUUUCCGGCGCUCGAGAUCUGUCGCGAUUCCAUUCCUGCGCUCCCGGUCGAGGUUCGUCGGAAAUGAUCUGGAGGACGGGAGGCCUCCGAAUCCGUCGAAUCGGAGCAAAUCGUCGUUCUGGUCGGUGUUCAAGAGUUCGAAGAUCAAGAAACCCGAAGAAACCGUAGCAGAGGUAGAAGAAACGAAGAAGAAGGAAGUAGGGGAAAAUGAAGAUUUGAAGAGAAUGAUGAGAUCGAGGUCGGUGGGAAUUUCGUUGUUUUCAGAUUCUGGCGGCGGUGGCGGCGGCGACUCCAGAUCGAAGGGACGGGGUUGGUACUUUCCUAGUCCGAUCAAGGCAUUCCGGCAAUCGAAGGCAUCGAAGAUUGUGCAAGAACGCUCGCCGUUGUACAGAGGUUGAUUUUUUGUAGAAAAAAAAAAGAUUUAACAGAAGAAAAAGAAGCCAAAUGAAAAUUUCCAUCUUUUUUGCCUUUUUAUUUUUUUCCUCAUAAAAGUUUGUACCACUAUAUCUUUUCCUUGAGCUCCAAUGCAUCAUCAUCUAAGCAACGUAUUUUGUUUAUUUUUUCUAAAAACAAUAUAAAAUAAAUAAAUAAUUUUGUAUCA